AUGUGUAUUAUUUCGGAUCGGCAUGAGAGCAUCAAAAAUGCAAUUGGAAAGGUAUAUCCUGAAGUUAGCCAUGGAAUAUGCACCUUUCAUUUGUACAACAACCUCAAAACAAAUUUCAGGAAGAAAUCAAAAGAUUUCAGAAAAACAUUUUUCAAAGCAGCAAGGGCAUACACUAAAGAUAAAUUUGAAUUUUACAUGGCUGAAAUUGAUGAGAUGGAUGCGCGUAUAAGGCCGUAUCUAGAAAAAGUGGGGUAUCCAAAAUGGGCGAGGGCACAUAUUACAAACAAUAGACAUUUGAUGAUGACAACAAAUGUGGCAGAAUCUUUGAAUGCAAAAAUUAGAGGUGCAAGGGAAUUACCAAUAACACCUUUGUUAGAGUACCUACGAGCAUUGGUUCAAGAAUGGACAUAUACAAAUAGGUUCUCAGCCAUGUCAACCUUCACAAGCGUUUCAAAAAGAGCUGAAAACAUGCUACAUGAAAACUACAUUGAUUCGCUGAAAAUAAAGGCAUCAAAAUCAACUGAUCAACUAAGUACGGUUUAUGAACAUGACCUGAUAUUCACAGUAGAUUUGAAAGAAAAAACUUGUACUUGUAGAAGAUUUCAAAUGGACAAACUUCCGUGUCCACAUGCCAUGGCGUUACUAAAAGAGCUACACCAAGAGCCUUAUAGGUACUGUUCAGAAUACUUUGGAAAAGAAAUGAUGUUAAAAACUUAUGAAGGGAUAGUAUAUCCAGUUGACAAUCAAAACUUGCCUAGCAUACCAACAAAUGUUACAGAGAAAAUAGUCCUGCCGCCACAUGGAAAAACCAAGUCAGGAAGACCAAAGAAGAGGAGAAUUAAAGGACCAUGCGAAUCUACAAAUCAGAACAAAUGCAGCAGCUUUAUGGUAGCUCAUGAGCAGCUUUUUGGUAGCUCAAUAAACUAG